AUGAAGCUUAUCAGCGUCCUCGCUACCGCAAUGGCCAUUCUCCCCAGCUCAGCCAUUGCCACGGCCGAAGAAACCCAACUCCCACAUAUCGUACCUGAAGUCUGCGUCAAGAUCAGAGUGUGCCUAAACUACGAUUUCAAAGGACCCUGCUACAACGAAUGCCAGAAGCCGUCGGUCACGCAUAAGAUCCGGGACGGAUUUAGAGACAAUGCGGGCUCGUUCGCCGUAGACACGAAGGGUUACCUUUGCACUGUCGGCACUCCGAAUGCCGCGACUUGCUCUGGAAAGGAAUAUCCUGGUUUCAAGCGGCUUCCUGAUUGGUGUGUCAACAAUAUCAGUGGUUAUCAUUGCACAAAGUCUUAGUGUCGACGCCCAUAAAGACCACGUACUAUGCGGCUUUUGGAGCGAUAGUUGGUUUCUGCUUUCAACAUAGACUGAGAAUGUUGGGAUUCAAUAUGUUAUCUAGAAACUAGC